CUUUUAUGCGCCACAACUUUGGUCAAUAAUCUGCACCAUUCACCACCCUGACAACUCCUUUUAGACUCGAGUAUUGAGCAUGGGUGCGAUCUAAGGAGAGACACUCUCUUCACUUCUCACCCCCAACCUUAUCGUCGUCGAAUUGUCCCGAUCCGGGACCCACCUCCGACUGCGAAAUGGCACCUCCGGCCUCCAAACCCACGAGCACAAAAUGGUCUACAGAGUUCGACACGCUGCGGCGGCAGCACCUCUUUCGAAACCCCCCUAAAGAUCACACCGCCUAUCCUAUGCUCGCUGCUGCCAUAGAGCCCCAUGUGAACUCGUUCAAUGCGAUUUUCGAGAAGGGCGGAAUCCUCAGUGAAGGAUUGAAAGAGAUUGGCACCAAGGUAUAUUUGGAUGCGGGCUCAGGAAAGGAUGUGGCAAGCGGUGCGCCCACAAGGAAUCGCCUGAGCGUGCGUAUCAAGGAAGUUCUGCUGGAGAAGCCUGAAUUACCGCCUACGAAUAAGUUCACGCUUAACAGAACUAUACUGCCGGCCGAGUGCAGGGAGAGGCAUUCAUCAUAUCGCGCAAGACUGAGAGUAAGGCUAGAGUAUAAGAUAAACAGCGGAGAAUGGCUCGAGUCUGUGCGGGAAUUCGGCCAGCUUCCAGUCAUGCUUCGGACGAAUCGCUGUCACCUGCAGAAUAUGACCCCAUAUCAGUUGGUGAAAUCCAAGGAGGAGUCUGAAGAGCUGGGUGGCUAUUUUAUUGUGAACGGGAUCGAGAAGCUCAUUCGAAUGCUCAUCCUAACGAAGCGAAAUUACCCUCUCGCGAUUAACCGACCGUCAUUUACAAAGCGGGGCCCGCGAUACACCAAACAUGGCAUACUAUUACGAUCUGCGCGACCAGACGAGACAUCGCAAACUAUAUGCCUCCACUACCUCAACGACGGCAAUGUCACGUUUCGAUGUUCGUGGCGGAAGAACGAAUACCUGAUCCCGGUGUCCAUGAUACUAAAGGCUCUCGUGGAGACGAAUGAUCGCGAAAUAUUCGAGGGCAUUGUGGGUGGACCGGGAUCGAAAGGCCUAGACGACAAGCAAUUCGUAAUUGACCGCGUAGAAGCCAUGAUCCGAACAUACAAGGCAUACAACUUGAACGGACGAUCGAAGACGCGAGCCUAUUUAGGCAAUAAGUUCAAGGUCGUCCUGCAACUUGCAGAGGAUGUCACGGACGAAGAGGCUGGUACCGAAUUUCUCAGGAGGAUUGUGUUGCCUCAUCUAGGAGCUUCAAAUGUUACCGAGAGCCAGGACAGAGACAAGUUCCGUCUUCUCCUGUUCAUGAUCAAGAAGCUGUUCUCGCUCGUCGAAGGUGAAUGCGCAGUCGACAACCCUGACGCCGUGCAGAAUCAAGAAGUCCUGCUGGGUGGAUUCUUGUACAGCAUGAUUUUGAAAGAGAAGCUGGAGGAGUGGCUACUUUCAAUUCGUCUAUCGAUCAACGAUUGGCUGAGAUCAAACCCUGGAGUAUCCUUCACCUCUCCAAAUUUCGCAUCCAGCACCUUCGACUCGAAGAUACUGAAACGAACAAAUCAAAAUAUCGGGCAAAUGCUCGAGUACUUUCUUGCCACUGGCAAUCUGACGAGUGUUUCAGGUCUGGAUCUACAGCAGGUGUCGGGCUUUACCGUUGCUGCCGAAAAGCUCAACUUUUACCGCUUCAUAAGCCAUUUCCGCAUGAUUCACAGAGGUAGCUUCUUUGCCGAGCUACGUACAACUACAGUGAGAAAGCUGUUACCGGAGAGCUGGGGGUUCCUGUGCCCUGUGCAUACGCCUGAUGGUGCGCCUUGUGGUCUCCUCAAUCACUUAUCCCAUACCUGUAAAAUCUCCACCAAACCGGUCGACACCUCGAAGAUCCCAGACCUGGUCGCAGGCCUUGGAAUACAAGCUAAGUCGUCGGCAUCGCCUGAAGAUAGCGUUGUAGUACAGCUCGAUGGGCGCAUACUGGGAUUCUGCGCACCGAAACAAGCAAAAAUGAUUGCACAGACAAUACGAUACUGGAAAGUAGAGGGUACGCAUGGCGUUCCACUGGAGCUUGAGGUCGGCUAUAUUCCGAACUCCAACGGUGGCACAUAUCCGGGAGUGUACAUGUUCUCCCACCCGGCGCGAUUCUACCGACCAGUCAAGUACCUACCUCUCGACAAGCUGGACUACGUUGGUCCGUUUGAGCAACCGUAUAUGUCAAUUGCGUGUAGAGAGCAUGAGAUUGAAUCAGGGGAUACCACUCAUGUCGAGUACGAUCCUACAAACAUCCUCUCCAUUGUCGCAAAUAUGACGCCCUUUUCAGACUUCAACCAAUCUCCAAGAAAUAUGUAUCAGUGUCAGAUGGGUAAACAGACCAUGGGAACACCAGGAACAGCACUGCGGUACCGUACCGACAACAAGACUUAUCGUCUUCAAGCCGGUCAAACGCCGAUUGUCCGAGCUCCCCUGCAUAAUGACUACGGCUUCGACAACUUCCCCAACGGAACCAACGCCGUCGUGGCCGUCAUUUCGUACACCGGGUACGACAUGGACGACGCCAUGAUAUUGAACAAGUCCGGCCACGAACGCGGGUUCGGUCACGGAAGCAUCUACAAGACAAAGAAGAUCCCACUGGAGGAAAACAACCGCAAACACUCCGCCAAGACCAUCAGCAAGAUCUUCGGCAUUGCGCCAGGCAGCAUCUUCAAGGCGGAAUACAAAGAAAUCAUAGACGUCGACGGCCUCCCGAUCGUCGGCGCCAAGAUCAAACAGGGCGACCCGAUCGCGGCAUACCACAACGUCUCCUACGACGCCGCCACCCACACAUACAUCAACAACGACCAAGAAACCCACAUCGAGAAAUACAAAGACGACGAGGACGCCUUCAUCGAAGAAGUCCGCCUCAUCGGCUCCGAGGACGGCAACACGCCCUGCCAAACCCUCAGCAUCAAGCUCCGCAUCCCGCGCUCGCCCAUCAUCGGCGACAAAUUCUCCUCCCGCCACGGCCAAAAGGGCGUCUGCUCGCAGCGCUGGCCCAGCACCGACAUGCCCUUUUCCGAAUCCGGCAUCCAGCCCGACGUCAUCAUCAACCCGCACGCCUUCCCCUCCCGCAUGACAAUCGGCAUGUUCGUCGAGUCCCUCGCCGGCAAAUCCGGCGCCCUGCACGGCCUCGCCCAGGACUCCACCCCCUGGCGCUGGUCCGAAGACCACACCGCCGUCGCCUUCUUCGGCGACCAGCUCCGUCGCGCAGGCUACAACUACUACGGCAACGAGCCCAUGUACUCGGGCAUCACAGGCGAGGAACUCGCCGCAGACAUCUACAUCGGUGUCGUCUACUACCAGCGUCUGCGCCACAUGGUCAACGACAAAUACCAGGUCCGCACAACGGGCCCCGUCGUCCCGACCACCGGCCAGCCCAUCAAGGGCCGCAAAAAGGGCGGCGGCAUCCGCGUCGGCGAAAUGGAGCGCGACGCCCUGAUUGCCCAUGGCGCGGCCUACCUCCUCCAGGAUCGCCUCAUGAAUUGCUCAGACUACCAGAAGGCCUGGUGCUGUCGCUCCUGCGGCGGGUUUCUGGCUACGCUGCCUAGUGUUGAUCCGUUUGCCGCGCGUGGCCGGUUUAAUAAGUAUAGUGGCGGGCCCGUCAGGUGUCGGAGGUGUGCUCGGCGCGCCGAGGGCAAGGAGGCGAGGUGUGAGGUUUGGGAGGAUGGGCAGGGGGUUCGGUGGGUGGGUGGCGAGGAUGUGACUGUUGUUGCUGUGCCGGGGGUGUUGAGGUUGUUGGAUUGUGAGCUUGCUAGUAUGGGGGUGCGGAUGCGGUUUGGGGUU